CACCUCCACUCCCCCGUGGGGCGGUGGGGCUCUUCGCUGCCCUGAGGGGGAGCGCGAGGAGGAGUCGCGGCAGCAGCGGCGGCGGCGUGGAGAGACGCCGGCUCCCUCUCAUCUCCCUCUCAUCUCUCCCAGGGGCUCUUCCCUCUCAGCACUAUCUCUGUCUCCUCGCCCGGCUUCUUCGUCUUCCUCAUCCUCUGCCGAGUCGCUCCCUCUCUCUCUCGCGCGCUCUUCCCUCGCCGCUCGAACGUGUGUGGUGGUGGAGGAGGUCUCUUUAAGAGUUUUGUUGUUGUUCGUCAGCACUCCACCACCACCAACAACAACAACCACUAACAACAACCAACGUGUCCUUGGCAGCUGAGUCCGCUCCGCUGCUUUCCAACCCAGGUCUAAGAAAUAAUACCAGCUUCGUCCGUGCCUCCCGAGUUGAAAAUGUGGAUGGCACGUAAUGCAAUGUUAUGACGCGAUCUAUAACCAGACUAUGACCUUGGCGCCCGUUGCCUUCAAUUCCUAAUGAUAUGAAGUCAUUUUGUGGGUCUCCACCACACACUGCAGUUUUGUUCCGCAAAAACAGGAGGGAUUGAACGGAGCGGGGCGGUCUGGCCUUCUGCAUUGCCAUGUUGGUUGCACGUGGAGGUCAUAAUAUUUGGCAUUAAAAUAAAUGCACCAAGAGCAACGCCACGAAGCCAUUUAACAAUAACCAGCGGCAAGACAUUUUUAGAAUCGCAAAUUUGUAAUCUUUGGUGUGGGCGCAGUUACAACGAGCGUGAAUCUCCGCUUUCGCCUCUUGCCUGGGGUGGGGUGGGCGUAGUGGGGAGGUGUGGGACGUGGGGGGGCUGCACCUGCGGUGGGGAGCUACCCAGACGCCGCCGCUGUGGCGGUGUUGCGGUGCACCAUGCGACGCGUCGCCUACUGCAAAGUGGUGCUCGCCACGUCGCUCGUGUGGGUGCUGCUCGACGGAUUUCUACUGCUCUACUUCAGCGAGUGCAACAAGUGCGAAGACAAGAAGCCCCGGGGUCUUCUUCCCGUUCUUAACGGCGCGAUCUCCCGUCCCCGAGAGGGCCCUGGGGAGAUGGGCAAGGCUGUGCACAUCCCCAAGGUGGAGGAGGAGCACAUGAGGGACUUGUUCAAAAUCAAUCAGUUUAACCUGCUGGUGAGCGACAAGAUCGCGCUAAACAGGUCUCUUCCAGACGUUCGCCUCGACGGGUGCAAGACGAAGGCGUACGCGGACGGGCUGCCCGCCACCACGGUGGUCAUCGUGUUCCACAACGAGGCGUGGAGCACGCUGCUGCGCACGCUGCACAGCGUGAUCGGCCGCUCCCCGCGACACCUCCUCAAGGAGAUCGUGCUGGUGGAUGACGCCAGCGAGAGAGAUUUCCUGAAGAAGCCACUGGAGGAUUACGUACGCAAGCUGGAGACGCCCGUGCGGCUUCUCCGCAUGGCCCAGCGCUCGGGCCUCAUCCGCGCCCGACUGAGGGGGGCGGCCGCCGCCCAGGGUCAGGUGAUCACGUUUCUGGACGCGCACUGCGAGGCCACGACAGGCUGGCUCGAGCCCCUCUUGGCCAGGAUCAAGGAGGACAGGAGGGCAGUGGUGUGUCCCGUCAUUGACGUCAUCAGUGACGAGACCUUUGAGUAUCUGACCGGAUCUGACAUGACGUACGGUGGCUUCAACUGGAAACUCAACUUCCGCUGGUACCCGGUGCCCCAGCGAGAGAUGGACCGGCGAAAGGGCGACCGGACGCUGCCGGUGAGGACCCCGACCAUGGCAGGAGGGCUGUUUGCCAUCGACCGUGACUACUUUCAGGAGAUUGGCACCUACGAUCCUGGCAUGGACAUCUGGGGAGGAGAGAACCUUGAAAUGUCUUUCAGGAUCUGGCAGUGUGGUGGCUCGCUGGAGAUCGUCACGUGCUCGCACGUGGGUCACGUGUUCCGCAAGGCCACGCCGUACACCUUCCCCGGCGGCACGGGACAGGUGAUCAACAAGAACAACCGGCGUCUGGCCGAGGUGUGGAUGGACGAGUUCAAGGGGUUCUUUUACGUCAUCUCUCCCGGCGUCACGAAGGUGGAAUACGGUGACGUCUCGGCACGGAAGGCCCUGAGAAAGCGGCUCAAGUGCAUGCCCUUCUCGUGGUAUCUGGAGAACGUGUACCCGGACUCUCAGAUCCCACGGCACUACUACUCCCUGGGCGAGAUCAGGAACAUGGAGACAAACCAGUGCUUGGACAACAUGGGAAGGAAGGAGAAUGAGAAAGUUGGAAUCUUCAAUUGUCAUGGCAUGGGUGGGAACCAGGUGUUCUCAUACACGGCGGAGCAGGAGCUGCGUUCGGACGACCUGUGCCUGGACGUGUCGCGGCUCAGCGGCCCCGUCAUGAUGCUCAAGUGCCACCACCUCAAGGGAAACCAGCUGUGGCACUACGACCGCGAGAAGAUGACGCUGCGUCACGUGAACAGCAACCAGUGUCUGGACAAGGCCGGCGAGGAAGACCGCCAGGCGCCCACGAUCAGCGACUGCAACAACGGCCGUUCGCAGCAGUGGCUUCUCCGCAACGUGACACUGGGGGUGUAGGCUCCCCCCCCCUCCCUCCCCCCCCCGAGUGAUGGGGAGUGGAGCGGGCAACCUCCUACCCCAGCCUAAGCUGGAACUUGCAGGGCAGCGUGCAUCAACCAACCCCCGCGGCAGGCGCGCCUCCUGGCCGGGGUUCGCAUCGGCCGCGAGGAUCGCGCAGGCCGGGCGUGGUGAGACGCGCAGACUCCCGGGGGGAAGGAGGUUGGUGGUGGUGGUGGUGGUGAGCACGAUGAUGAUACCUUGGCGUGCGGUGUGCGCUAUGGCAGUUCGGGUCGUGGCAGUGCAGUAUUGCAAGAGAUCGACUCUUGCGGGGAAAUUGCUCGGCUGUCCGCGUGCUCUUUUUUUUUCUCUCCCCGCCCCCCCCCCCCCGAGCGCAGUACGAGUGGGCAAGGCUUUUGCUUUGUGUCCCAUUGUGUAAAAGGUACACUCAGACUUUGUACAAUUAGGUUUGUGGCACCAGUCAAAAUAUCUGCAUUAGGCUUUCGUAUGUUUUAUUCUUGAAGGAUGAAGGACUAAUUUAUAAUUCAAUAUUGAAUUGAGGAAUGGUUCUUUUCUUGACUGAACAGCAUUCUGUUAAGAGCAAGCAACAUCGAAGGAUUCUUUUUUUUAUAUUUCAGUUCAUGGUUACAGCUGAAUUCACGUUGUCAAAGCAAUUAAUUUAUUUGGCAUGACGCGAAUGGUUGAUUUCGGAUAUUUGUAGUCUAGAAACAGCACACUAUUUCGUUGGGACGUUGUCUAGUUUACAUUCUUUCGCAAGCGAUGAAUAGAAUUUACAAACGAUGGUUUGUUGUAACUAUGGAAUUGGCUUGAACUAUGUAAUUUGGCAGCCGUUUGCAAUCCAUUUUAGAAACUAAGUAAUGGAAAGCUGUUAUUUCGAGCCAUCAACCUGAGGUCUAAGCCAGGAUCGUUCCCACUCUGGAUAGUUAUUCACAUAUGGAAAUGGGCCAAGAUCCUCAUUUGUACCACACCAAUACACCACUCCAAAGCAGCAAGGAGAUCACGUUCAGUGACCGAAUCCCCUCAACACUUUGAAGCAAUCGGACACCUCGCCAGCCGCGGAGGUCACGGCCAGUGACUCGAGUGGCUGCUCAGAAGCAUUGGGCCCUUGCCCUGCCGUCUCUGUGUCCCCUACCUGCACGCAGCCGAGUUCACCCCCUGCCGCUAUUGCGCGCACGUGGUGGGUGGUGGCGGUGGGGGGGGGGUGAUUGCGAGGGUUCUGGUGCAAAGUUUAUAAAACGUUUCAAUUGUUCAAGGCAAUGAAUGACGGCGUUGUUUUUUAAUUGUAGGCACUGCACUAAUGCCAGUGCUGUGCGAGUGUGCAAGUGCGCGUGUCAUUUUUUUUGUUAACCGUUUUUUUGCAUUUUUUAUCUUGCAAACAAUACAUUUUAAAAGGAAAUGUACGUCUCAAAAUACAGCUUUUUACGACAACGGGAGUCGAGUCGCGAAUGCGAGGCAUUGCGAUAUCGAAUCGCAGUAAGGUAGCGCAAAAAAAUACAUGUGCGGCAGUUUCAAGAGAAAGUUUAGCGUGUGGAUUUCGCCAAAAAAAAAAUUCGUGGCGGUGUUGAAAAAGUGCUCAUCGGUUAAAAUAUAUAAUUCUAUAUUUGAUUAUAAACCAAUUUCAAUGUUUACUUGCACUACAAUUAGGAGGAAUUUAGGAUAUGUAUACGAUGGGAAAAGGCAGUUUGUUUUAACGUUUGAUUUUUUUUUUAAGAACGUUUCCCACCACCCACCACCCCUUUUAUUAAAUUCGUUAACGAAGAAGUUGACUUGACGACGUGAACCACCCGCUCGGACGUGCGCGCCACCGCCCUUGUCGCGUCACGACGGGGGGGGGGGGUGGAGGACUGGGGGGGGGGUGCAGCUCUGGGCAAGGGGGCACCUCUGGAGGCACCGGAAAGUCAUUUUUGUGUGCUCGGUGGAUGAUUUUGUUGUCCUUCACUUACCCACCGCCACCCCACCACCCGGCACCUCCGAAUCGUAGCGCGGUCGGCUACGUACGGUGCGCGAAAGACGUUCAACGUGCACAGGAGGACACCGUAACGACGCCAAAAGUGACCAAAAAUAGCGACGUCCACAUUUUGCGGGCAUUGGCUCCAUUGGCCAAUUGGAUCCCGAAGCCCCACCCCCCACCCCAAACCUCUGAACCGCAUUAGCCAAUCAAAUCAUAACCAGAGUCCAACCUAUAACCCUUAACCAUGGUGCUUAACCCUUCUUCUGCCCCACCCACCCACCCGGCCCACCCCCUCUUCACUUUUGAUUUCUUUUGCAAUUUUCAUUCACCUUCGAGUUGAUGAGGUUAUUCAACAGGGUCAAAAUAUGGACAUAGUGUUCACUUAAACUAGCGGGCGAGUAACGAGUUCAUAGAGAGACGGAAAUGUACACUGUGUCUUUUGUGUGUGAGGUGUGGGGGGUGGGGGGGGUGGGGGAAAUAAAAAUGUGAAAUUGUU